AUGGCGCCCAUAGCCAAGUUAUUCUUGUUCACUAUAAUUACCCUCUUUCUCCUCCCCUUCUGCUGUGGAUGUAUUCACAGGGAACGGGAUGCUCUUCUUCAACUCAAAGAUGCCUUGAAUUACUCUUCUGAUAUCUAUUCCUAUACCUAUUCACUUCAUUUUACCAAUCUGAGCUCUUGGGAGAAGGGGGGAGAUUGCUGUCUCUGGGACGGCAUUUCCUGCCAUCACACGACCCGUCAUGUUGUCGGUGUUGAAAUAUACAGUGACUUUGGAACGGAGGGUGAUGAUAUCUUUGGAAUAAACAGUAAUGUUGGAAUUAAGGGCGGUGUUAUAUCUGAGAGCUUGUGCACUCUCACUUCUCUUGCAACCAUAAGCCUCAGCAACAUGGGAUUAAUAGGUACUAUUCCUCCAUGUUUGGGAAAACUCUCCUCUCUCAAGAGUCUGCUUCUAUAUUAUAAUAGGUUGAGAGGGAAUAUUCCAGUGUCUUCUUCUCUUUCUGUUCUUGAUCUGGCCGAUAACAAUUUUGAAGGGGAAGCUAUGCUCAGUGCUAUUUGUAUGCUCAACAACCUUAGUGUGGUUGAUCUUUCUGACAACAAGCUGAAUGGGAACUUACCAUCCUGUAUGGGAAGUCUCUCUUCUCUCACAGAGUUGCAUCUAUAUUCUAAUAGCUUGACUGGGAGUAUUCCAGUGUCUUCUUCUCUUGUUGUCCUUGAUCUGGCGGAUAACAAUUUUGAAGGUGAAACUGUGCUCAGUGCUAUUUGCAUGCUCAACAACCUUAGAGUCGUUGAUCUUUCUGACAACGAGCUGAAUGGGAACUUACCAUCCUGUUUGGGAAGUCUCUCUUCUCUCACAGAGCUAUAUCUAAAUUCUAAUAGCUUGACUGGGAAGAUUCCAGUGUCUUCUUCUCUUGCUGUACUUGAUCUGGCGGAUAACAAUUUUGAAGGUGAAACUGUGCUCAGUGCCAUUUGUAUGCUCAGCAACCUUAGUUGGGUUGAUCUUUCUUACAACGAGCUGAAUGGAAGCUUACCAUCCUGUCUGGGAAGUCUCUCUUCUCUCACAGAGCUAUAUCUAAAUUCUAAUAGCUUGACUAGGAAUAUUGCAUUGCCUUCUUCUGUUGCUGUCCUUGAUCUGUCCUAUAACAAUUUUGAAGGUGAAACUUUGCUCAGUGCUAUUUGUAUGCUCAGCAAUCUUAGUUGGGUUGAUCUUUCUUACAACGAGCUAAAUGGAAGCUUACCAUCCUGUCUGGGAAGUCUCUCUUCCCUAAUUAGGCUAGAAAUUUCUGGAAAUCACUUGAGUGCGCUACCCUCUUCACUUGAAGAUCUUGCUCUCUCACUAGACCACCAACAAAUAAUUUCAGAGGCUUUCUUUCACAACCUUAGCAAAUUGCAAGUUUUGGACUUAUCAAAUUGUGUACUUAAUAUCAGCACCACCUGGAUUCCCUCAUUCCAGUUGCUCAGCUUAUCUUUGACAUCAUGCAAGGUGGAUGGUCAAAUCCCGCUGUGGAUUUCGACUCAAUUCUCACUUUUAAAGUUGGAUUUGCCUGACAACGAUCUUUCUGGAGAAGUUCCUUUGUGGCUAUUGGAAAUGAGUCUUCUCUUCAUCAACCUCACAACAAAUCAUCUGCAAGGUCGCCUUUUGCUAAAUACUUCAGCCAGGAAUCCAUUGGGGGUCUUGGAUAUGUCUAGAAAUGCCUUGUCUGGUCAAAUACCAUCAAUUUGGCCAGCUAAUAUAACAGUAUUGUUGCUCAACGACAAUUUCUUGACAGGAAAUAUUCCUCCACAAUUAGAGGGCGUCUCUUCACUAGAGAUUAUAAAUUUGGCAAAUAACCAUUUGAAUGGAAUCAUCCCUCCAAGCUUAGCCAAUUGUUCCAAGCUUCAAAUGCUCAAUUUGGCGGAUAAUAAUUUGAGGGGAAGGAUUCCAUACGAGUUUGGUAAGUUAAUUGAAUUGAAGGUACUUCUGGUGAAGAAUAAUCAGUUGAAUGGAUCAUUCCCUACUUCCAUAUCAAAUUGUACAAAAUUAUAUUUUUUAGAUGUUGGGCAAAACCUCUUCAGUGGCGACAUUCCAAAGUCAAUAGGAAACAUUUCAGAGUUGAAAGUGUUAGCAAUGAGGAAGAAUAAUUUUCAAGGUAAUAUUCCUCUAGAAAUUGGGCAGCUGAAUAACCUACAAAUCUUGGAUCUUUCUUCAAAUUGUCUAUCAGGUCUUACACCACACAACAUUUUUAGUUUACAAGCAAUGAUGAUAGAAACACAUCAAGAAUUUUCCAAGGUUGACCUUUUGUUAUCUAGUGGAACAUACAGUGCCAUAUACACAUAUAAGAAUGGAUUGACUAUGAAUUCCAAGGGCCGAGAUGAACACUACACAUAUAUUUUCCCCACCAUGGCAUCCAUAGAUCUCUCAGAAAAUCAACUAAAUGGGUAUCUUCCUUCUGAUUUAGGAAAAUUGAAGGGAUUGAAGCUGCUCAACCUUUCCAUGAACAAUUUCAAUGGUGCUAUUCCAAAUAGUAUUGUACAAUUGACUUGGUUGGAAUCCUUAGACCUUUCUACAAAUAAUUUUUCUGGACAAAUUCCUCCAGAUCUUGGUUCUUUGAGCUAUUUGGGAGCCCUUAACUUUUCCAACAACAAUUUUUCAGGCAGUAUACCACAAGGAGGACAUAUGACAACAUUCAAUGAGUCAUCAUAUUCAGGCAAUCAAAAUUUAAGGGGUUGUCCACUUCCAAAGGGAUGUUCCUGGCCAGAAUUUGCUCCCAGUCCUCCUCCCAUUUCUACAUUUAUUAAUGAAGAGCAAAAUGGGGAAAGUGUGGGGUAUGACAUUGGAGUGGGACUGUCAUAUGUAGUAGGUUUUACAACAGUGCUGAAGGAAAGAAGCCAUAACAAAAUGGUAGAUCUACUAGCAAAUAUAGCUUUAAGGCCAGAGGAUAUCAGUUUUGCUGGAAUCUUGAAAAUUGGGGUUCAAAUGAGGCCUUCAGUCCCUAACAAUAUUGAAAGCUGGCAGGUUUUCAAUGAUGAUGAUGACAUCUUAAAAUUUCUACAUUGUGUAAAUGAAUAUGAAAAUAGUGCCUUUGUACAAACAAUAGAUGAUAAAGAAACAAUCUUUGGGAAGGAGGAUGAUUUAACAACUUAUUCCAAGAAGGAAAGUGAUCACUAUGGUCACCUUGAAAAAAUCUUUGACAGGGCUGUUGAAUAUGGAAUAUCUUUAAAACCAAAGAAAUGUGCUUUUGGGGUUACUGUGGGUAAGUUGUUGGGUCACAUUGUUUCAAAAGAUGGUAUAAGGAUUGACCCCAAGAGGAACUUAGAGGGUUUUGAACAACCUAUAGCAUUUUUUAGUAAGUCCUUGCAAGAUGCAAAGAUAAAGUAUGAUUUGAAUGAGAAGAAGGCCUAUGCACUAGUAAAGGUAGUUAAAGCUUUUAGGAGUUAUCUAAUGGGAGCAACAUUGGUUGCAUAUGUGCCUAGUGCUGAAAUCAAAGACAUUUCCACACAAGAGGAAGUGUCUGGAAGAAGAUGUAGAUGGACCAAUAGGAUCCAAGAAUUCAAUAUUGAUAUCCAAAUCAAUAAGUUAGUGAGAGGACAAGGAUUGGCUAAAUUAAUGGCUCAGAGUAAUCUGGAUGCCAAUCAAAUAAAUAUUGUAGAAGAGGAACAUAGAGCUUAUGUCUGUGCUAUAGAUGGUUGUGAUUGGUAUGAUGAUAUUAUAUACUACUUGCAGAAGAGGAAAUGUCCUGAAGAUAUGGCUGAAAAUAAAAGGAGGACAUUAAAAUUACAUGCCAUAAAGUAUGCCAUAGUUAAUGGGAAACUUUUGUGGAGAAAUAGUGAUGGUGUCAUGCAAGAAUGUGUUGACCAGGACCAGGCUCAAAGGUUAUAG